CAUUUCUCUCUCUCUCUCUAUAUAUACAUGUGUAUUUACCCCUCUCUCUCUCUCUAUAUAUAUAUAAUAAACCUCAGCCGCCAUGCAAAUCCACAGACCAACAAUUUUCUAAUAUAUAUAUAUAUCAAUGCGGAGCUUCGAUUUCGACGAUUAUUUGGGGGUCGAGAGCUGCGCGGAUCUAAGGUCGGAAAUCGACGCGCCUCCGUGCGGCGGAGACAGGAUCGGCCGCCGGAGGAGCUUUUCCGACGCGGCGGAGAAGGAGUUCCCGCCGCCGAUUCCGUCGGCGACGGCGGCGUGGGUUAUGAGAAAGUACUACACCGACGACGGGAGAUUGGUGAUCAGAAAGGAGACGAUGGAGCGCCACGACUGUGUCCGAGCAUUCCGCCGCGACGGCCGCCUCGUGCUGAAUCUAGUGCCGCUCGGCGGCGGCGGCGGUGGUGGUGAUGGUGAGAGUGAGGAAGAUGAGGGCGGUGCGGCGGUUACGAGAUCACGUGAGUCUCGCGUGCAAGCGGUGGACGGCUGCGAUGAGGGCAGAUCUAAUCCGACGGUCGGGAAUGUGGCUGCGGAGUUUUGUAGGUUUAAUGAGAGAGCUUUGACGCCGUGCGGCGGUUUUGCGGUGGAGGCUGCGGCGGCGCUCAGGCCACCGGUGACCAUAUAGUCAUCGAUUCGAUUUUGUAGUCAAUUUUAAUUGUUGUUUUCCAAUCCCUUAAUUAGGGUUUUAAAAAAUUGGUGUAUUUUUUAAUUGCUGUGUUUCUAAAUUUCAUUUAAUUUAACAUUCAAAUGAGAAAAAAAGAAAACCCAUUUUUUAAUUUUAU